AUGGAGGAAUACGAACAGACCGCCGCCGCUUGCGCCUUUAUUCGCCAGCACACAAGCGUUCGUCCCCUGGUCGGCAUAAUCUGUGGUUCGGGGCUGGGGGCAGCAGUUGCUACUCUGGUCGCCAACCCGACGAUUGCCUGGCCGGUUCGAGUGAUGAAGAUGCUGGGCGCGGAGUACCUGUUUGCCACCAAUGCUGCCGGAGGCAUGAAUCGCAAGUUCAAACCCGGCGAUAUGGUGGUGAUCCAGGAUCAUGUGGAUUUUUCUAGUCUAGUCGGCCUGAACCCUCUCACGGGGCCCAACGAUGAGAGCCACCUGAGCUACGAGGCUCAACUGAGCCGUGAUUUUAAUCAUGCUUGA